CGCUCUGGAUACCGCGCUGGCCCAGCUGGCAUUGCGCGGGCAACAUGGCGGCGCCCAGCGGGCAGGGCGGCCCGUUCGGCAGCGGCGGCCUCUUUGCAUCCUUCAUGCCCGGUGGCGCGCGCCCCGAGAGCCCGGACGACCUGGACACCGACGCGCGCGGCCGCGGCGCCGGCCGGAGGGAGACGGCCACGGCGCGGGGCGAGGAGGCGCCGGCGCCGCGUCCGUGCCGGGCCUGCGUGGAUUUCAAGUCCUGGAUGCGCACGCAGCGCAAGCGGGACACCGCGUUCAGGGACGAUUGCCCCGCCGAUCGCCAGGACCUGGGCCGCCACAGCUGGGCCGUCCUGCACACGCUGGCCGCCUACUUCCCCGACGCACCGACGCGCGAGCAGCAGCAGGACAUGGCCCAACUCAUCCGCCUCUUCUCCAAGUUCUAUCCGUGCGACGAGUGCGCCGAGGACAUCCAGAAGAGGAUUUACAGGAACCAGCCAGACACCCGUUCACGGGCUCACUUCACCCAGUGGUUGUGCCGGCUGCACAACGAGGUGAACCAGAGGCUGGGCAAGCCGGAGUUCGACUGCUCGCAGGUGGAUGAACGCUGGAGGGACGGCUGGAAGGAUGGCUCAUGUGACUAGGCUGAAGGGCACCGUCAGGACUGUGGGUUUUGGGGUGGGAUCCUCAUUAAAGUCCUCAGCCACAACCAGCCUGUAUCAGUCCCCCAGGACAAGGGUGCGAGCCAACUUCUCCUCAGAGCCCAGCAGGCACUUGUAGCACC